AUGACGGACAACAAGCGGCAAAGUGUGGGAGGUAAAGCUCAAGGCCUGGGCCCUGCAAGCACGGCGACGGGUCCUGGAAUGGCAACAGCCAUGGUGCCAUUGGAGGCAGCACUGAGUGGUGCUAUUGGAGCGCGUGUCCGUAUCACGACAGCGCCCCCUGUUUCUUCAACCCUCGAAGGCACUCUUUUCACGGCCUGUCCGAUCACGAACCUGGUCGCCAUCAACACCUCGAACCAAUCCGCCCCGGCAGGGAGUGCGAACCAGACACAACCGAGCGAUUAUCACAUUAUCCCCAUCUCGCGGAUUCAGUCCUUCCAACUGCUGUCCCUCGCGCCGUCUUCCAAUUCCACCGACGGACCUUUCACCAAUGCAUCUCCGGCGCUUCAUGCCCUUGACAUCCGUGCCCUGAAAGCUCGCGAGGCGAGCGCGGUUGCGAAGUUGCAGGAGAAUGAAGCGCGGCGAGGCAAGGGUGUGACUCGAGAAGCACAGGAUCUGUUCGAUGCUUUUAGCCGCACAAUGCCUGCUCGGUGGGAUGGAACGAGCAUCGUUGUUGCGGAUGCAGUGGUUAUCGCCAAACCGUACCGGGUGGAUGACUGCCGGCCAUUGGUGGCCGGCGACUCGGCUGCUCUGACACGAGUUCGCAAGGUGCUGGAGAUGGAACGGAAGAAGAUCGAACUGCGCAAUGCCAGUGCCGCUAUGGGAAAUACGAACCACUUCGCUCGACACGCCGGUGCGGCGCAGGGGGGCGCUGGAGCCAAAGAUCGAGUGGCCGUCCCUAACCAUCUUGAUACAUCUUCAGCGCCAGCCCCGAGGAAGGGCGGUUAG